UACAUUUAAAAUAAAAAAAAUUUAACGUAUAGUUUAGGAUUUUAACGUCGAAUUAUCGAUAUGAAUAGAGAAAGAGUUGUUUUGAGAAUCGGGUUUAUUGUUUUUGAAUUGUGUAUGUUGGCAUCAGCCAAUGUGGUUUUUCAUGUUCAUCAUAAAUUUGCAGACAUUAACAAAAGAUCAUUGAAUGCACUAAAACAUCAUGAUGCCAAUCGUCACCGAAGAUUUUUAUCUGUGGCUGAAGUUCCUCUUGGUGGCGAUGGAAGCCCCACCUCUGCAGCUCUCUACUACACCAAGAUUCAAAUCGGGUCUCCUCCAAAGGAUUAUUACGUGCAGGUCGAUACAGGGAGUGACCUUCUAUGGGUCAAUUGCAUCGAGUGUGAUAAAUGCCCUUCCAAGAGUGACCUUGGAGUACCCCUCACAUUGUAUGAUCCGAAAGGCUCAUCAAGUUCCAAAAAGGUUGCAUGUGACGAUGAGUUUUGCAAAACUACAUUUGAUGCCUCAAGUAAUGAGUGUAAGGCCGGAAUGCUUUGUGCAUAUUCUGUUGCCUAUGGUGAUGGAAGCUCAACUGCAGGUUAUUUUAUCAACGAUAAUAUAAAACUAGCCCAAGUAUCAGGGGACCGUCAAACUACAUCUAUGAGUGGAAAUGUAACUUUUGGAUGUGGAGCUAAACAAUCUGGGGAGCUAGGUUCAUCAGAACAAGCUCUCGAUGGUAUUAUUGGAUUUGGGCAGUCAAAAACAUCGAUGCUUUCCCAGCUUGCUUCGGCUAAAAAGGUGAAAAAAAUGUUCUCACAUUGCUUGGAUGGUAACAAAGGAGGCGGCAUUUUUGCUAUUGGGGAAGUUGUGCAACCAACAAUUAACACAACACCACUCCUAGAUGAUAAGACACAUUAUAAUAUUGAGCUGAAGUCAAUUGAUGUGAACGGUGAAUCGCUAAAAAUCUCAACUAGUAUAUUUGACUUUAUGAAGAAGAAAGGAGCUGUAGUUGACAGUGGUACGACUUUGGCUUAUUUUCCUGAUGAGGUUUUCAACCAACUAAUGGAAAAGAUCAUGGUUGCACAACCCGAAAACAAGCCACAGACAGUUGAGAAGGUGUUUAAAUGCUACAAAUACUCUGGCAACAUUGAUGAUGGUUUUCCAGAUGUCACUUUUCAUUUUGAGAAUUCACUUUCACUGAAAGUUUCUCCCCAUCAAUAUUUCUUCCAAGUCGAGGAUGAUGUAUGGUGCAUCGGUUUUCAGAACAGUAAUAUUCAAGAUAAGGCUGGAGCAGAUUUAACUUUGUUGGGCGAUCUUGUUCUAUCAGAUAAACUGGUCACAUACGACAUGGAAAAUCAGGCCAUCGGAUGGACUGAUUAUGACUGUUCAUCAAGCAUUAAAGUGAAAGAUGAAGAGUCUGGGAAUGUGUAUGAGGUUGGAGCCCAAGAUAUAUCGUCUUCACAUUGUACAUAUAAUUCCCGAAUCAUUUUGGGGUUGCUCUUAUUUGUUGUAGCAACUUUCAUCAACUAGACUAACUCAAAUGUGGAAUAGUGUAUAAUCUUUGGUUUGGGGUUGUUUAGUUUGGUUAGCCCGAGUUGAUCGUGCAUUGUUGUCUUUUUAUGGCUAGACAUUCUUUGUGA